AUGAAAUUCCUUCUAAUUUUCCUCCUUACUACAACAGUACUCCUACCGUACUCCACAGGCCAGUGGUACGGUAGCGGUGGCAUCGACAAUCUUCCGUUGUAUUUCGGACAUCAAUCUGGAAACUCAUUGGGCAAUAGCUAUGUUGGAAAUGGAUUGGCGGGGGUCUACUUGUUUUGUAAUGGAAUUGGAUGUCCUGGAAGGGGAUAA